CAGUCCCAUGUAGGAAUCAUGGACUUCAGUCUGUUACUGUUACUGAUGGUAUGGACAAUCCCAAGUGCAGCCCUGCCUCUGUAGUCGUCCUCCCACAGUCAUGGCAAAGAGAAGCCUUCAGAUUUUCCUAACAGGUUAAUAAAAUCAUUAAAAAGGAAGAUGGGGCUUUUGCAGUCGAAAAAUGCAUGUAAACGCAGGGAAAGUCCAGAAGGUGGCACUUUGGCAACGGGCUUUCUGCUGCUGCAGGGAGAAUCGAUGCAUCCCAACGAUUCAGAUAUGAUCCAAAACAAGCAGGAUGUGUGUGGUGCAGAGCUCAGGGAUGACCACUUCUUGGAUCAUGACUGCCCUCUGGAGGUGAUCUUGCCACCAGAGAGAGCAGCUGAAUGCCAAAGUUAUAAUGUUUCAUCAGAAAAUGGAGAUCACCCGAAGAGGCAUGCAAAAAAUGAUGAUAUGGAGUGUAACGUGCCUGUUGUGGAUGAAAAUCAGCAAGAGUGGGUGUUUACUUUGUAUGACUUUGACAACAGUGGCAAAGUAACCAAAGAGGAUAUGUCCAGCUUGAUGCAUACCAUCUAUGAGGUAGUGGAAGCAUCGGUCAAACAGUCUGCACUCUGUGACAGCAAAACACUGCGUGUCAAACUGACUGUAACACCUUUAAUAUCCAGUAGCAACAGAAGAGAGCUAGAUAUUGGCCUUCCACAGAACAAGCAGGACCACCUGGACGAAAACCACCCGAUUCACAUCAGAGGACAGAGCACAGAUCCUGCUGUCAGCUCUGAGAAGAAACUUUACCGAAUCGAUGAGAACACAGAACGCAGAAACCACUAUUUAGACCUAGCUGGGAUUGAAAACUACACCUCCAGAUUUGAUGCAGACCACACACUCCAGUCACCCUAUGAGGAGCAGUGUAAGGACAGCCCCGCACAUGGCACCCGCUCUGUUCAUCAUCGAUGGCCUCAGAUUGAUCGUGACGGUCUGUGGAAGUCCGGUGGCGGUCACCUCCCUUUUCUCAGGUCUCUGCGGAGCCGCAGCAAAUCAAACAGGCUUCACGGGCAUCACCCAGUUAGCUGGUGCUGUCCUCCUGCUCCACAGCAGCAGCCUCUGCACUAUAGUCACAAUAAACGUGUUCAUGCUAGGCCUCGUGAUGCCACAUCAGCUUCUGUGCCUCAUCCAGGGCUAGACUUGGAGCUGCAGCCUGGAACAGGCAUUUCUUCUGGUGGGUUCAUGCCCAUGGCUCAGAGGCAUGAGCACCAUCACCUCCAUGAGCAUCACCACCACCAUCACCACCACCACCAUUACUAUUCCUCCUGACUGCAGCCUCUCACAAAGAGAGACAGACUGAGAAUGCACUUUUUUUUCUUCAUAAAUCACAUCCAGGAUCAUGGAAAGGGACACUAUUUCUUCAUAUUUGAAAGAAAAAAAUUUGUCAACUGUCUAAGAAAGGGGAAAAAAACAAACUAACAACUAUACAAUAUUGGGUGCUAUGUGUAGUAAUGCAUUAUUUGCUUUUUUCCAUUAUCUACUAUUAAUAAAUAUGUAUUUUAUUAACUUUCUUUAUAAAGUUCAAUAAAAUAAGUUCCAAUACAUUCUGAUUAAACCCCCCCCCCCCCCCCCCCCCCACCUUCUCCCUGUAAAUAGAAUUGUGCAGAGUUCUGUAUUGGCAUAGAAUGUAAUACAUUAAUGUAUAUUUCCUUCUGAAAAGUAGCUGAUAUGGCUGUUGUUUCAGAGGUCAACUCACUUUUCUAAGCCCAGAAGACUGAUCGGAAAUCUCUCGAUUUUCUAUAGAAAUAACCACUCUUUUUUUAUACAACCUGUAUUUCUAAUGUAUGUUGAAAUUGUUCCAUAUGUGUGCAUUAAAAUAUAUAACAAUCAA